AUGAAGUGUUUCAAUUGGUGUCCAAGUUGGGGUUGGCGAUAUUGCUUACGUAAGAAAGUGGCAAAGAAGACGAUCUCUAUCGAUAAACUACUUGUGAGUUGUAACUUUCCACGGGUGGGGCACCGUGCUCCUCUAGAAGGAAUAGAAUUCUUCACCUCUAAAGAUUUCAUGCCUAAUGAGUCUUCAAAUUUUACUUUCAAUGAGAUCAUCAAGGCUCUAAACACUGAUGGUGUGAACAUGAUUGGAUUGUAUGGAAUGCCAGGGGUAGGCAAAACAACUUUGGCAAAAGAAGCUGGGAAGCAUGCUAAAGAGCAAAAGCUCUUUGACAAAGUUGUGAUGGCUACAAUGUCCCAAGCGCCAAACCUCAGCAAAAUUCAAGAUAAAAUUGCAGAAUUAUUAGGUUUGAAAUUUGAAGCAAGCACGAAAGAAGGAAAAGCAGAAGAGUUACAGCGGAGAUUGCAAGGCGUGGAGAAGAUCCUCAUAAUUAUCGAUGAUGUUUGGAAUGAAUUUAAAUUGCAGACUGUAGGUAUUCCAUUCGGAGUUGAACACGGAGGUGAAGCAUGGGCUUUGUUCAAAGAUACUGUUGGUCUAAAAGAUGUUUCUUUGAGAUUGAAUGAUGUAGCCAAGGAGGUUGCUAGUGAAUGCAAUGCAAUUGCAACAAUCGGAAAAGAAUUAAAAGGUGCAAGUCUAGAUGGGUGGAAAGCAGCAAAUAAGCGACUCAAGGACUCAAGACAUUUAGACAAUGAAGAGGUUUCUCAAGGUAUCUACAACUGCCUUAAGCUGAGUUAUGAUUAUUUGAAGGGAGAUAAUAUUCGAACAUGUUUCUUGCUAUGUUCCCUUUUUCCAGAAGAUUGGGAUAUUGAUAUUGAGUCGUUGGUUAUGUUUGCAAUUGGUCAUGGAUUAUUUUCUCAUAUUUACUUAAUUGAAGACUUGCGGAGAGAAAUUCGUGAAGCACUAAGAAAACUCCAAGAGGCUGGUUUGUUAUUAAGAACUGAUAAUGAUGAUGAUGAAAGAUAUGUAAGCAUGCAUGACGUGGUUCGUGAUUUUGCUCAUUGGAUAACAUCUACGGGGAAAAAUAUAUUCAUGGUAAAAGAGGGGUUGAUGGAAUGGCCUAUAAGUGAAAGAUGUGAAUCCCAUACAGCAAUCUCCUUUUGGAACAGCAAAAUAAAUAUUUUUCCUGAAAAGUUAGAAUUUCCAGAACUCAAAAUUUUGAUUUUUACAGGAAAGACUUUGGUGGAAGCCGCGAUUGCAUUUGUUGAAGGAAUGAAAGCCCUCCGAGUUUUGCAUCUCCAAGAUGUCAUUUUCUCACUAGAAGUACUUAAAUUCGUAACAAAUCUUCGAACUCUGUGUCUAGUAAAUUGUGAGUUGGAGAACAUCUCAUCGUUGGGAAAUUUGAAAAACCUUGAGAUUCUUGCAUUUUCUGAUACUAAUAUUUAUGAGCUACCCGAAGAAUUAGUGGCAUUGCGAACAGAUCAAUUUCCCCCUAAUUUACUAUCAAGGUUGACAUCACUCCAACAGCUACACGUGACUUGUGAAAACAAUGUUAAUUUAUCAGAGUUGAAUUCAUUGUCUCGAUUGACUGAACUAUCACUGAGAGUUUCUACUGCUCAAUGUUUUCCAGAAAACUUUGUUGCAUUCAAGGAGUUGUUAUGCAAUGUGGAAAAUUUGAAUCUGGAGGAUGUCAAGGGACACAAAAAUAUUGUCCCAAACGUAGAUCCAAAGGGCCUAAAUGAAUUAACUUCUCUUGAGCUUGGAGAUUGCGAUGAUAUGGAAUGCUUGAUGGAUACAACAGGAGAGAAAGAAAGAACCACUGCAUUCUCUAAUUAG